AUGUUCCCACAUGAAGUGAAUUCCCACCAAGAUUCAACUUUUCUCAACACCAACCCAAAGAGGCUCGUUGGCGUCUGGAUUCCCUUGGAAGAUGCAACAAAAGAAAAUGGCUGCCUCUGGUUUAUACCAGGAUCACAUAAGAGUAGGUCCAGUUGCUUGUUGAAAUGUUCAGAUUUGUGUUAAUUAUAAAUUAAAUUUUCUUAAUUUCAAGCUUUAGAAAUAUGUGAUGCUCCUCAUUAUAUAUCUAUAUAUAAUAUAUGUGUGUGUGUAUAUAUAUAUAUAUAUAUAUAUAUAUAUAUGUAUAUAUAUAUAUAUAUGAAAAUACAUAAUUCUCUGACAAUGAAAUUAUUGCUACAAGAUGAUGCUGAUUUCCCUGAUUAAAUUUCCAAAUAUUCAAGCUAAAUGAGAUUUUUUUAAAUACUGCAAGUGCAUUUGAUGCGUACUAUUGUCUUUUGUUUUAUGGAAAUAGUUGGUGUAAUAAAUUUGUGGUGUAAAAAGGGGCAGGACAUUAGAGUAUUAAUGUAGUUUAUGGGUGGGGUCGAAAGGGGAGUGGGAUUAGCUCUAAUUGGGAAUCUUUAAAGUGUACCAUUUGAAUGCAUGUUUUCACACAAGUAACUUUAGUAGAUGGGAAGUUCACACAUUUUGGCCGCCAUUGUUAAGAGCUAGUGUAUAGAUGUAUAAAUAAUUUUUACCCCUAAGAAAAGUUUAAAUAUUACAUACUGGUAAUAUAAUAGUAUUCUUUGUUGUUAUUUUUUUCCUUCAUAUAAAAUAAGUGAUUUAAUUUAAUUUCCUCUAUGAGUACCUAUUCAUUUAGCAGCAAUGUGCUAUUUCACUGAUGACAUUGCAAUGAAGAUAUUAAAUUUCUUAAACAGAUGGCGUGGACAAUGAGCGAUAUAUGAUCAGGACUCAGAAUCCUGUGAGCAGUAAUCUAGGUGUCACCUUCACCAACCCACCUGUGCAGUACGAUGAUAACCUUUUUGUGCCCGCUGAGAUGAGAGCAGGUGGAUAAAACUAGUUUCAAAUAGCUAUAGUUGAAUUCCUAAACUACACUUACUAUUAGUUCAUUUGAAAACCAUUUAAAAUUAGUUAAAUAUGAAAUGCCAUUGAUUACUUCCCCUAUUAUUGAUUUAUGUGAAAUGGCAUUCAGCUACUUCUCAAACUCUUUGUUGAUAAGAAAUGGAAUUCAUAUACUUUACCUUCUAUUGGUUAAUAUGAAAAGGCAUUUGUAUACUUGAUCUAUUGUAAAAUGGCUUUUUAUUAGCUGCAAAGGAGUUUAGUGAGUUGAAAAUUAAACAAUUACAUUCCUCUUUCUUCUUUAACAUUUUGAUGAAGAUAACCCCCUACACUGAAAUAUUCCAUUAGGAAAUGGCAUCAGGGGGCGGCUGAGCCAAAGCUCUUUAUGCCCUCCCCAAAACACUGCCCCCCCCCCUCCCAAGCCAAUGAAUCGUGCCACGAAGCGGCAUGUUGGAGAUCUCCCGUGGUCAGAACAGCUCCCGCCAGCACCCACUCGAUCAGAUAUGAGCGGAGACCAACCCAGCCCAAGGACAUUCAGUCGGCCAGUGACGCUGCUCUCACAAUGUCGGCAGUUGACUUUCCCAGGGAUCGGGGUGGUAUAUUUACAUCCUAAAUUCUCCCUACUCCCAUCCUGGGAAAGCAUCAGACGCCCCCUAAUUGGGGUUUCUACUGUGCGUUUCUACCUUGCAACUAAUUUACGAAGCAGCUGGGAAAAAUGGAUGCCUAGGAACAGCUUCCUUAAUGGCGUGUUAAUAAAAUCAUCGCCAUGGGGUUGUUAGUACCCACCCCAUGCCUCAUAUCCAUUAACGGCAACUUGUAAUCAUGAUCCCUACCCUGUUUCUGCCUUUUACUUCCAACUGCAGAUUUUCCUCAGUUGAUAGCCCUGUAGAUGCUACCAUUCAAGGCAGAUACCAUGCAUGGCCUUUGUCUGCUCACUCGGGCACAUGCAAUAGUCAUUGUGUUCCCUGGGUAACAGGGGGGGUGGUGUUAAGCCACUACAGUAGAGACAGACCAAAAGUGAUUUUCUGAUUUCGGCUGAAACCGAAACUAGGCCGAAAUUUUUAAAUGACUUUUGGCUGAAACCGAAAUUUAACUUUUUGGCUUCGGAUAAAGCCGAAACUGAAAUAUUUAGGUAAUUUGAAAUUGGUCCACGCAUACAUUCUACAUACAUCAAAAAAAUGAUGGUGGAAAGUAUUAAUAUUUACAUUAUUUUUUUUUUUACAAUUAAAUAUUAAUAAUUAAACAUUUAAUGAAUACUUUGGAUUCUACUAUUUUUAUUUAAAAUUAAUUUAAAUUUUUUUAAAUGUUUUUUUUUUAAAGUAGUAUGAUAAGAGAAAACGUGUGGGGGGUGGGGGUGUAGAGUUCAUACAAAAUAGACCCUUGAGUGCCCUUUGCUUUUAUAAUAUAAAUACAGCCUAGAAUAUAUACCUAUAAUAAUUAUUGUGGCUCUGAUGAAGCCAAAUGUCACAUAAAUAUAAUUUAUUAAGGCUAUAGAAAUAUCACCACAAUGUUUCCUGGUUUUCGUCAUACUAAUGCUUUGUGUUUUCAUAAAUAGCUGGCAAGAUGUCCCUGUAUUAAUAUUUAGCCUAGUACCAACACAUUAGUCUUACCAUGCUGGAGACAUAAUUAUUUCAUUGUGUAACUACUUCGCUCACCUCUGUGGUGAGGGAAUUUAUUAUUUUUUUGACCGGGUCUCUUAAAAUAGUUCUUCUGACGGGUCUCGGCGGAGAAUAUUCGCAAGAUAUCUUAAUUUAGUCGCCUAAAUCAUAAAAGUAAACAGGUCUGCAGUAGGCCUAUUACAUAAUUGUAAUACAAGCCAUUGAUACAUGCAAACACUUGUUAUUUCAUCAAUAACCAUGUUUAUGAGCAUGAUAAUAAUGAUGAAUUUCAAGAAAUAAAUGAAUUCAAAAAGCGUAAGGUUUCCUUUAUUUUAAAAAGAAAAUUUUUUUCUAAAUAAUAGGAGAAAUAUUACGAUUCCCUAGGAUUAUGCAAUAUUAUUCACCUUUGCUUAUGACAAAAUUGAUGAGUAUGAUAAUGAUAAAAGAAAAUGAAUAUCACAUAUGAAGAAAUUGAAUAAACCUAGGGUUCCAAAUUUUAUUUUUUUUAAAAUUAAAACAAAAAUAAUGAUAUAAAAUAUUACCAUUCCACUAGUUUUUCUUCCACAAAAAUGAUAACGUUUGCCUAGGCCUGAUUAAAAUGUAAUUUUUUUGAAAUAUAGGACAAGUAGGUCAUCAUGCAGCUGUGGGCUGUUUUCACUGAGUAUUAGUCAUAUAACAUACGAUGACAGCUAGAUGUCGAGCAAUAAUGAAAAUCAGAUUGCCAACCGAAAUUCAGACAAACAGUCUGACCUCUGGUAGAAAACCCCAGUCACCUUUGGCCAGAUGGUUGGAAUUCCCAAGUUGAAAUUAAACUGAAAUUGUUUUAAUUCCUGAAUAAUUUAUUCCUUAAACUGAAUUGUCUGGAGUGAAAUUAUCAUUUUUGUAAUUAUGUAAUGGUUUGCCCUUUCUGCCUACCACUGCCAGGAUCUUUGGCUUUGAUUCAUGGAGAAGUUGUUCACAAAAGUGAGCCCAACAGAUCAACAAAGUCAAGACAUGCUUACACAUUUCAUAUGUUUGAUAGCCAGGGAGUUGAAUACAGCAAACAAAAUUGGUAA